ACUCAUUUUACAUAGAAGGCAACAACAUGGGAGAAAAAACAUGGGCUUUGUCCUUGUUUUUUAUUUUUGCUUGUCUAUCCCAUGUUUAUGGAAAUGUUCAUUCAUAUGAUCAUCAAUUGAGGAAAUUACAAGCUUUUACAGCUGAAAUUGUUCAUCGCGAUUCGAUUUCUCCUUUUCCUUCUCCUUCUCCUGCUAGAUUUUCUCCAUCACCAUCAUCACCAUCAGUAGUAACCGUUACACCAAGUCCAAAAAUAUAUCAUGUAACAUCAUAUGGUGCUGAUCCAACUGGAAAAUUAGAUAGCACACAAGCUAUUCUACAAGCAAUUUCUGAUGCACUUGAAGGUCCAUCUAAUGGUUUCUUAAUGCAAGGAAUUUCAAAUCUUGGUGGUGCUCAAAUUAAUCUUGAAGGUGGAAAUUAUUUAAUUAGCCAACCAUUACAAUUCCCCGUUGUUAGCCGUGGCAAUCUCAUGAUUCAUGGAGGAACACUAAAAGCUUCAGAUGAUUUUCCAACAGAUGGAUAUUUACUCGAUUUAUCGACAUCUUCAAGCAAUGCUCCUGAGUUUUUAUUCGAAUUCAUAACGUUAAGAGAUUUAUUACUUGAUGCAAAUUUCAGAGGAGGUGGUAUACAAGUGAUAAAUUCACUAAGAACAAGUAUUGACAAUUGUUACAUUACACAUUUUACAACAAAUGGUAUUAUAGCCAAAGGUGGACAUGAAACAUACAUAAGAAAUUCAUUUCUUGGACAACAUAUUACUGCUGGUGGUGAUAAAGCAGAGAGGAAUUUCUCCGGUACCGCGAUAAAUUUAAUGGGAAAUGAUAAUUCUGUUACUGAUGUAGUGAUAUUCUCCGCUGAAAUUGGUAUAAUUGUAUCAGGUCAAGCAAAUUUGUUAUCAGGUAUACAUUGUUACAAUAAGGCUACUGGAUUUGGUGGGACUGGAAUUUACCUAAAACUCCCUGGUUUAACACAAACAAGAAUUGUUGAUUCUUAUUUGGAUUAUACUGGAAUUGUGGCAGAGGAUCCUGUUCAACUCACAAUUUCAAAUACAUUUUUUCUUGGAGAUGCAUUUGUUAAGUUGAAGUCAAUAAAUGGUGUUGUGAAUGGAGUUAACAUUGUGGAUAAUAUGUUUUCUGGAUCAAAUAAAGGGAUUGAUAUUAUUCAAUUGGAUCAAAAUAAUGGACCAUUUAAGACAAUUGAACAAGUUGUGGUGGAUAGAAAUAAUGUUAAGGGGAUGAAUCUUAAGGGUACUAUUGGAAGUGGAGUUGUUGAAGGAAAUGGUACUUCAUGGACUUUGGAUUUUAAUCCAAUUCUUAUAUUUCCUAACCUUAUUAAACAGGUUCAAUACACAUUUUUCCCUAGUGGGAAUGUGUUCGUUAAUCAUGCUUUGAGAAAUGUGUCGAAUAAUAAGGUUCUGGUUGAAUCAAACGUGCAAGUUCCAGCCAAGGUUUUUGUGAUGGUGGAUCAAGGGAAAUGA